GCCACCGCCGAUGGGUCGAGACACACGCUCGCGCUCGCGAUCCGUGGGGCGCAGGGGCCGAAGGCAGCGGAGCCAGAGCGGGAAUCGGAGCCGAAGUCGGAGUAGGAGCCAUGGGCGGCGAAGCCGGCGGCGCCGCGAGGACGAGCGACGGCGCAGGCGGAGACGGCGAAGCCGGGAGCGCAGGUCAGAAUCGGAGGAAGAACGGUGGCAGCGCCCAGGGAGGCGAAGCCGGAGCCCCCCUGCACCCCGAUGGUGCUCUCGGGACCGGUCCUCGCAGUCUGACUCUGGGGAGGAGCAGCCGCAGGGCCCAUGGGCCCACCAUGGGCACCGGCGCUCUUGGUCCCCCUGCUCCUUAGCAUCCAGCGCAGCGUCCCCAGGGCGCCCCCAGAGUCCUGGGGCGAUGGCUGCAGCUCUGAGCCAGCAGCAGAGCCUGCAGGAGCGGCUGCGGCUACGGGAGGAGCGGAAGCAGCAGGAGGAGCUGCUGAAGGCCUUCGAGACCCCCGAGGAGAAGCGCGCGCGGCGGCUGGCCAAGAAGGAGGCCAAAGAGCGCAAGAAGCGUGAGAAGAUGGGCUGGGGCGAGGAGUACAUGGGCUACACCAACACCGACAACCCCUUUGGUGACAACAACCUGCUGGGCACCUUCAUCUGGAACAAGGCCCUGGAGAAGAAGGGGAUCAGCCAUCUGGAGGAAAAGGAGCUGAAGGAGCGGAACAAGAGGAUCCAGGAGGACAACCGGCUGGAGCUGCAGAAGGUGAAGCAGCUGCGGCUGGAGCGGGAGCGGGAGAAGGCCCUGCGGGAGCAGGAGCUGGAGCUGCUGCAGCGGGAGAAGGAGGCGGAGCACUUCAAGACCUGGGAGGAGCAGGAGGACCACUUCCACCUGCAGCAGGCCAAGCUGCGCUCCAAGAUCCGCAUCCGUGAUGGGCGGGCGAAGCCCAUCGACCUGCUGGCCAAGUACAUCAGCGCCGAGGACGACGACCUGGCCGUGGAGAUGCACGAGCCCUACACCUUCCUCAACGGCCUCACAGUGGCCGACAUGGAGGACCUGCUGGAGGACAUCCAGGUGUACAUGGAGCUGGAGCAGGGCAAGAACGCGGACUUCUGGCGGGACAUGACCAUCAUCACCGAGGAUGAGAUCUCCAAGCUCCGCAAGCUGGAGGCCUCGGGCAAGGGGCCAGGGGAGCGCCGGGAGGGGGUCAACGCCUCUGUCAGCUCUGACGUGCAGUCGGUGUUCAAGGGGAAGACGUACAGCCAGCUGCAAGUCAUCUUCCAGGGCAUCGAGGGCAAGAUACGGGCCGGCGGGCCCAACCUGGACAUGGGCUACUGGGAGAGCCUGCUGCAGCAGCUGCGUGCCCACAUGGCCAGGGCCAGGCUCCGGGAGCGCCACCAGGACGUGCUGCGGCAGAAGCUGUACAAGCUGAAGCAAGAGCAGGGCGUGGAGAGCGGGCCCCUGUUCCCCAUCCUGAAGCAGGAGCCCCCGUCCCCCAGCCACAGCCUGGAGCCCGAGGAGCCGGCCCCCACGCCGCCCGGGCCCUCCGUGGAGGGCGGGCCCACCGAGCCCGAGGGGGCCGCAGCAGCGCCGGCGGAGGGCGAGGGCGAGGGUGAGGCGGUGCUCAUGGAGGAGGACCUGAUCCAGCAGAGCCUGGACGACUACGACGCGGGCAGGUACAGCCCGCGCCUGCUCACGGCGCACGAGCUGCCGCUGGACGCGCACGUCCUGGAGCCCGACGAGGACCUGCAGCGCCUGCAGCUGUCGCGCCAGCAGCUCCAGGUCACAGGAGACGCCAGCGAGAGCGCGGAGGACAUCUUCUUCCGGCGGGCCAAGGAGGGCAUGGGCCAGGACGAGGCGCAGUUCAGCGUGGAGAUGCCGCUGACCGGCAGGGCCUACCUGUGGGCCGACAAGUACCGGCCGCGCAAGCCGCGCUUCUUCAACCGCGUGCACACGGGCUUCGAGUGGAACAAGUACAACCAGACGCACUACGACUUCGACAACCCGCCGCCCAAGAUCGUGCAGGGCUACAAGUUCAACAUCUUCUACCCCGACCUCAUCGACAAGCGCUCCACGCCCGAGUACUUCCUGGAGGCCUGCGCCGACAACCGCGACUUCGCCAUCCUGCGCUUCCACGCCGGGCCGCCCUACGAGGACAUCGCCUUCAAGAUCGUCAACCGGGAGUGGGAGUACUCGCACCGCCACGGCUUCCGCUGUCAGUUCGCCAACGGCAUCUUCCAGCUCUGGUUCCACUUCAAGCGCUACCGCUACCGGCGGUGACGGCGGGGCCCGGCCUGGCGGGGUGAGGCUGCGGGACCACGGCCAGCCCCCACCUGCCCCAGGCAGACCUGCCCCUGGACCUGUUUCCCGUUUGUGAAGUGGGUUGCCACAAAAUCUGCUUCAGAGCUGAGGAGACAGCAGGACAAGCUGACCCGGCAGUGUCCUGACGUGUUCAGAGCCCAGGGACCCUGGCAGCAGUCACUCAGACCUCCCCGUCCAGGAGGCUGCAUGGGGCCCGAGGCCAGCCUGCACCCUGGGAAAGUGCAGAGGGUGGCCAGCUGGGCAGGAAGCAGGAGAGGGGCCCAGACCUGGGGGUGCUUACUGGUCCUGGGAGAUGUGGGGCAAGGUCCUGCCACCAAGCUGUCACAGGGUCACUCAGCCCCUGGACAGGUUCUUCCAGGACCCUCCCACAGGCUGGCCAUGCUCAGGGUGGCAGCAGCAGAGGCCAGACCGUCACACGUUUCAGAAGAGACCAGGCUGUGCAGCCAGGGCCCCGGGAGCUAUGGGAUCAGUCCCCACCCCAGUGAUGGGACACAUUGGCCACCACCUGGGAGACGACCCUGUGACCUGGUCCAGGGCUUCAGUGGGUUUCUGCCCACUUGGGAAGUGGCAUUUCUCGGCCACACAGUCCCCCAGGAGGUGCCCCCUGCAUCCCCUUUUCUCAGGUGGUCGAGGUUGAGGGCCAGAUGGGAGCCCCAGCCCCACUCCUGACCUUCCUCCCCAGCAUCCCAGGGGCCUGCUCCCCCAGGACCCGCCCACCACCUGUUAGACCUGGAGAUGAUUUUACUUUGUUUUAUAAAAAGAUUUUCUUAGGUGGGAA